GAUCGCUUAACAAACACUUGACCGAAAAUUUUAAUUCAAAAAGUCGUGGUGUUUUGUGAAAGAAAUUAAAUUAGAGACUUUCAUGUGUAAAUUCCCGUGAUUAUUUGUAAUUAAAAGGACUACACAAUGAAGUGGCCGAAAAAAUUAAGCUGGGAAGGGCAACUUGAUUCGACCGAUCAAAACAACAACAUCACGAUGACUUCCGAGGAUCUUCUACAGCCAGGACAUGUGGUCAAAGAAAGGUGGAAGGUGGUUAAAAAAAUCGGUGGUGGUGGUUUUGGGGAAAUCUACGAGGGGUUGGAUCUGAUAACAAGGGAACAAGUGGCACUUAAAGUCGAAUCGGCGAGACAACCGAAACAAGUGCUCAAAAUGGAAGUGGCGGUGUUGAAAAAACUGCAAGGAAAAGAACAUAUUUGCAGAUUUAUUGGCUGUGGUAGGAAUGAUAGGUUCAAUUACGUCGUGAUGCAACUCCAAGGCCGCAACCUGGCCGAACUCCGAAGGGCUCAACCUAGAGCCGCUUUCAGCCUAUCGACAACCUUGCGUCUAGGUUUACAGAUACUCAAAGCUAUUGAAAGUAUACACUCCGUGGGUUUUUUGCAUCGUGAUAUCAAACCCAGUAAUUUUUCAAUGGGUCGAUUGCAAUACAAUUGUCGAAAAGUUUAUAUGUUAGAUUUUGGACUGGCGAGGCAAUACACGACGGCGACGGGAGAAGUAAGAGCACCAAGAGCGGCAGCUGGUUUCAGGGGGACUGUCCGAUAUGCCAGUAUCAACGCACAUAAGAAUAAAGAAAUGGGACGUCAUGAUGAUCUCUGGAGUUUGUUUUAUAUGCUAGUCGAAUUCGUUAAUGGACAGUUACCGUGGAGGAAAGUCAAAGAUAAGGAACAAGUCGGUUUGAUGAAAGAAAAAUAUGAUCAUAGGUUACUGCUCAAACAUUUGCCGUCCGAUUUGAAGCAGUUUCUUGAUCAUAUUCAAAGUUUGGAGUAUGCAGAUAAGCCGGAUUAUCAGAUGUUAAUAAAUUUGUUUGAACGUUGCAUGAAACGUAGAGGGGUUAAACCAUCGGAUCCGUAUGAUUGGGAAAAGACACCAGCCGGUGAUAAUGUCACUGUGACUCAAACGGCGGAGAAUCAACCCCCGACAGCCCCAACGACUCUUCCCCGACAUACCAAACAUACCACUACUGAUAAUAAUCAAGAAAAUAUCGAACCUACUGACAACAAAGAUGCCCAGUUGGAGGCCCGCCGCCGCCGCAUCGAGACCGAAAACACCGUUCCCCUCGCCACCGACGCCUCUGUUCGCCCCUCCGUCGAUAAGAAUUGCAACGCCACCCCCGUGGAACAGCCCGCCGCCCCUCGUCGUCGCGCCACCUCCCAUCUCGAGCAAGCCCCCGAACGUCUCGACAACGAGGCGGUCGCUUCGGCCAAAUCCACUUCGGACGCCAAUCAGAAACCAGCACCGUUGCGAAAGAGCCAAUCCGGUGUGGCCACGUUGGGUCGACUACGGGUGGUCACGCCCGCUCAAAGUGGCGGUAGUUUAGUCGAAUCGCCUGCCACUCCCGAACAGGAGAGACCAAGGAGGCGGCAACCGUCGGCGGCGAGAUCGUCACGAUCAGGACUCAGAGAUCAGAGUUUGACGCAAUUUGCGGUGAUCGAUGAUGAGAAUGUGAGUCAACAAGUGACAAGAGGCGGGGCUUUGACUUUGGCGAGCCAAUGGAAAUCACAGUUUGAUGAUAGUGAAGAGACGACGGAUAACGAAUGGAAGCCGGAAAGUCCCGAACAUAAGGCCACGUUGGCGGUGACUGAUGGUGGACAAGCACCACCGGUUUUGAGUAGAAUCAGCGAGGAUUCGAGGACCAGUCAUAAGAAGUAUAUUAAUAUUGCGGGGAUUGAGGAGUAUCCAGAACUUGUCGGUGGACUUCCACGUGCCUGGUCGACCCCCUCUCUCGGUCCUUAUGUGCGUUCCGGUCUCAAACCUCCACUUUUACAACAAGCCGCCUUUGACGAUCUCGUGUUUCGUGUCGAUGUUAUGAGAAACGUCGCUUCGCGUCACCUCCACGAGGGUGAAGAAGAGCCGAAAAUGGCCGAAACGUCGAAAUGGAGUAGUUUACCGAUCCUGAAUCUCGUAGAUAAGGAAGAAUUGAAGAGUGAAAAUAAAGAAGAGGAGCAAAAUGGGGAAGAUGAGGGAUUGCAAGAGGUUGCAGGAAAAUUAGAGAUUCGAGUAGUGCCAAAAGAAAACGUUCCUAAACCUCCAGAAACUCCAGAAAAGCCGAAAGUGAAAUUGGAGAGAACGAAAAGUAUAUUGAAACAGAGUAGUAAAGAGAGGAACGAGGGACAGGAAAUGCCGAGCCCGAAACGCGAACAAAUCACGUUCGCACCGGAAGUCGACGAAGAAGAGAAAAUGAAAAAACGAGUGAGUCUAGAAGCGGAAGAACCCGAGGAAAAGAAGGAGGAAAUCGAGAAUGAGAAAGAAGAAUCGGAGUCGAGUAGUUCCGAAACGGACAAAAAACCAGAAGUAGUACCUUUAACAAAUUCCCAAAAGCCGACAUCGAAACCGUUAGAAAAAAUUAAGAAUAAUUUAGGACAUUCAGCGUCGGAAAGUAGUUCAAGUACCGGCGAUAAAUUGGAGCAGAAUUUAAAAAAUGUGAGAAAUUCGAUAGAAAAAAAGAAUUUAGAAGUGAAACACGAUAGAGUGCAAUGUUCACCAUCGGUGGAUCUCACCACAAAUCCGGCAGUGACGUUCGUCUCGGCCGCUUCUGAAACACCAAGGGAGAGACGAUUGAUGGCAAAUGGGCUCAGUCCUGGCCUGGACGAACAAUCAGAGUAUUUCGACGCCACUGAAAAUCCCCUUUUCAGGGAUAAGCAACGUCACGAACAGGACGAUGAAGACAGUGGCGUAGAUAACGCAAGCCAAAUCCUGAGGGAAUCAUCGACGAGUCCGGCGAUGGAUCCGGGCCGAAUUUCAAAAAUUCCGGUCGCUGUCGGUGGUCAAAGAUUAGCGAAAUGCAUGUCCUGGAGCGGGGAUUUGACUCCGGGAUUGCGACGUCGACGUCAAGGUGAAAAAUACGUCACUGAUCCGAGCCAGUUGAAUCUCAGGUUCAAAAGACACUCGACGGCCGGAGGUGUGAGGCCGGCCCGAGGCAUCCCCACGUGUCUCAUAGGCGCCCCCGAGAGUUCGCCCGACACAUCGGAGGGUCCGCCGCCGCCGCCGCCCCCAACCGGCGAUCCGCCAUCGGAAAGUCAGGUCAGAUGCAGACGUUUCAGACCAGUCACAUAGUAACACAAAACACGGUGUACAUAAUAUGAACAUUAGGAUAUAUUUACAUUGAGAUUGCCUUUUAGCUUUGGGGGGAAAAAUGUGGGGGUCAUGGGGGGUUUUGUUCUGAUUUGCUCUCUCUGUAGAUAAUAUUCGAUUGGGAUGACUGUUAUUGUGAUUUUAUUUUAGGGGAAUGAGAAAUUUUUAUAUUGCGGUUGUGUUUGUUUGUUGUCGCGUCGAAUUCUUUCAUCGAUUUAAACGUUGUUUAGUCGAUUAAAGAAUUCGAUUUUUUUCAGGCAAUUCUAUUUGAAAAUAAUGGUUACUUAAGUUAUGAAUGAGUCGAAAUCUAGUCACAAGUACGAUAUUUUUUUAAAGUACUUGAAAUAUCUAGUCAUAGAUCUGAAGUAAUAAUAUUAAAUGAAACAAAACAAAAAACACUUCAAAAAAUAAAUGCUCUGUAUAAAAAGAUAUUAUGCGAAAUAGCUAUUAUGAACAUGAAAACUGUACUGUUAUUUCAUCAUUUUUAGACUGCUAAUGAAUUGUUUUUUUUAUUUUAUUUUUUUUCUGUUUUAUUGAACAUUUUUUUGUUUCAAUUCUAGUGCUGUAUUUAUAAAUUAUUAUAGUUGAUAAUUAAAUUAAUUCUGAUA